UGGCGACCAAAGCCCCGGGUGCGGACAAGCGGGUGGGCAUGGGUGCUCCUGGGCGGGCUCCUCCACGCCUCUGCUGCCACCUGCUCUUCCUCCUUCCGUUGGGGGUCUUCCUCCUCUUCCUUUCCUUCUCCAGUCUGCGCCUCCCAGAGCUCCCUCUGUCCACCUGCGUCUGGGGGGGGACGGCCUUGCCAUGGGUCUGGGGAGAGACCACUGUCGCCCAGCCAAGAAGGCAAGGAGAAGCUGCUGCUGCUGCUGCCUGUGCUGCCCUCCACAAAGGCACAAGAUGCCUCCACAAAGGUUCAGGAAGCCCCCUCCUUGCAGACCGUUUGCACCCCGACCUCCCAGGGCACCACCGGGUUUCGCAUCCAGGACAUGCUGAGAGCCUUCACGGCUAGCAUCACUCCCAGCGGGGAAGUCCUCCUCUGGGAAUACCUCCAGGGCUGGAAAGAGCUGAUCAGGUUCAUGGACUCGCUUGGGGCGGCCUUUGGCUUGAUUUCCGGGGAGACUCAGAGCAAGAUCUCCAUCAUGGAGAAACACCUGCAGGGCCGGCACGGGCCCCACUACCGCACCCUCCAGGGCAUGGUGGGCUAUGAGCUGUCCAGGGGGCUGGUGGGCUUCCACUCCCUGCCACCCAGCCGGACUCCCUCUGGCUGCCGGACCCUGCUGCGCCUCCACCGGGCCUUGAAGUGGCUCCAGCUCUUCCUGCACAAACUGGGGGCCAGCGAAGAGGCAAGCGGGGACCCUUCCCAGAUGUGCGCGGAUGCCUACCGGGAGGCCCUGGCCCCUUAUCACAGCUGGUGGGUACGGCAGGCGGCCGCUCUGGCCUUCCUGGCCCUGCCCUCCCGCCGGGAGCUUUACCAUGUUAUCUGUGCCGAGGAGGAGCACUUGGCCAAGGCUGUCCUCCUGGCCACCGUCCAGAGCAUCGCCCGGGUCUACAAUGUCACCCAUGAGGUGUAUGCCACCCAUGGGAUGCUGGAUCUGCCUUGAACCCGGCAGAACGGCUCUUUGCGUUGGUCAAAUGGCAUUCUUUCCAAUGGAGCAAAGCCAGGCACAUCCCUUCCUUUGCAGGUUCAGCUCAGGGGACUCACUCUGGAGGAGCAUCCCAGGCCCGAGACUGAUGAGGGGACUGUGGAGUGACCAGCUCUUGACUCUCAGGAGUGACAGGCCCACUUCUGUCCUAGAAGAGAUAGACAAUUACUUCAUUGCAGGGCAGCAGCUGCAAGGUUCCCUGUUCAAUUCCAACAUUUGGGAGAAUGGCAUCAUUUUUACAGAGAUAAAAAGAAGUAAACUGACUCUGCUUCUCCUUCUCCUGGCCACUUGUUCGGGCAUUUUCCAAUUUCCAGGGCGCUGCUGUUCUUAGCAGAUGUUUUCUCCUUCAAAAGAAAGCUGGGCUUGCAAUGUUUAUGAGUCCCCUGUGAAAAAAAUGGAGUGGUGGCUUUCUGUGGGGAGACAAUUAAAGGCAUAUAUAAGGGAA